AUGUUUGUCAAUGGUGCCAAUAACGGGAUCACGCCGCCCAUCUCGAUGGCGGUCCCCACAUCAACAGACCACCAAAUGACGACAUCCCUCACCGAUACGCUCAGGCAAUGGAACCUGUACGAAGGCGCCGAGGGUUCUUUACGCCGAGAAAACGCGCUAGAACUUGUCGGCGACUGGGUCGAACACUGGGCUCAGGCUGAAGCAACAAAGCGCGGGCUGCUCAUCGACGGCGCCACGACACGACUGACGCAACUUCGGACGUUUGGGUCGUAUCGACUGGGUGUACACAGUCCCGAGGCGGACAUCGACACGUUGUGCUUGGCGCCUCGCCAUUGCUCUCGCCUCGGGUUCUUCUCGUCGUUCCCGUCCUUUCUCAAGCAACAGUCCCAAGUCACGGCGGCGGUGCAUGCGAUCCCAGACGCGUACGUGCCCGUGAUCAAGUUGGAAGUGCUGGGCGUCGCCAUCGACCUCCUCUUCGUCACGUUGGACGUCGCCAGUGUCCCCGAAGACAUCAACGUGCUCGACACGAACACCCUCACCGACGUCGACGAGCCUGGCGUCCGAAGCUUGAACGGGUGUCGUGUGGCCGAGAUGAUUCUGCAGCUGGUGCCGAAUAUCGACCAGUUCCGGCUCACGUUGGUAGCCGUCAAGCAUUGGGCGCGCAUGAGAGGCAUCUAUUCGAACGUGUUGGGUUUCUUGGGCGGGGUAAACUGGGCCAUUUUAGUCGCUCGCGUGUGCCAGCUGUACCCUCAUUCGCUAGCGGGCACCCUGCUGACCAAAUUCUUUCGUGUGUACCACCAGUGGAUCUGGCCCAACCCGAUUUUGCUCAACAACGUGAUGGACGACGACGCGGACCAGCUGCUCGGCCUCACGUCGUGGAACCCUAAAGUAUACCCGCGGGACCGCCUCCACCUCAUGCCGAUCAUCACGCCGGCAUACCCCGCGAUGAAUUCGUCGUACAAUGUGAUGGACAGUACCCUUCGCCUCAUGCAAGCCGAGUUCCGACAGGCGGCCACGGUGUGUGUGGACAUUGAAUUGCAGAGCUUGCCUUGGGAAGAGCUGUUUGUCGAAUCCAAUUUCUUUGACCGAUGGGAACAUUUCCUGCGCAUUGACAUCUCGUCCCACGCGAGCCAGUUCACAGCGUGGUUUGGCUGGGUCGAGUGCCGCCUGCGUUCCUUCUUUGGCCGACUGGAGCAAAUGGAAGACGUGGACAUUGCCCCGUUCGCGCGGUUCUACGACAUCCCUGGCGACAGUGAUAGUACUACUACUACUAGUAGUAGUAGUAGUACUACCACGUCGUCGUCGUGCUGCUUUGUGGGCCUUGCGUUCCACCUCCCCGACAACGCCCAGCGAUUUAGUGUGGACUUCACGAUGGCGGUGCAGGAGUUCGCGGCCGUGUUAGAUAUGUGGCCCCAGCGCACGAGCGACAUGGACCUCCAAGUGCAUUACGUGCGAAGGAACCAGCUCCCGUCGUGGAUCGUGCGACCAUCCACCGUGCAACUGGGCAUGCAGAAUGGCAAGCGGCGAACGGACUGCGUCACAGACGACUCGACGCCGCACACGCAUUCGCCCAAGAGAAGAAAAGGUACGUUGCUUGAGUCGUCGAGAUAGAUGAUGCGUAACUCAAUCCACGUACUUCGUCU